UACUUCGGUGUGUUAAUGAAUAAACUGUCAUAUCGUAACUGUGUUCUGCAGAGAGCUUAAUACAUGCAUCCAGUGGCGACAUUCUGUUUACUCAACUAACAUAUUUGGGGGAAAAGUUCUGUUGUGAAGGGUCUUGUUGGUCUGGUCUGGUGAAGGUGAUGGAGACCCCGGGGGGAGAGGGCCUCAGUGAGCCUGUCUCAGUGGAGUACACGUACUGCAUGGGAGCCAUAACCGAGGUCCUGAAAUAUGGUGCCACAGAUUCACACGGUACCAGAAAAACCUCCAACCAGCCCAAAGCUCUCAUCCUGGUCAUUCCAGGUAACCCAGGUGUGGUGGGGUUCUAUAAGACCUACAUGAAGACGCUGUAUUUGACGUUUAAACGGCGGUGCCCUGUAUGGGCAGUGAGUCACGCUGGACACUGUUCUCCCCCAAACGCCAUGGACAUGGUGGAAGACAUGUGUGUGGCUGAGUCACGGGACGUGUUUGGUCUAAACGGACAAAUCGAGCACAAACUGGCUUUCCUCAGAGAGCAUGUACCCAGAGACACACAACUGGUGCUGGUUGGCCAUUCCAUUGGCUGUUACAUCAUCCUGGAGAUGAUGAAGAGGGACCCAGAGCUGAAGGUGGUGAAAUCCGUGUUGUUGUUCCCGACUAUUGAGCGCAUGGCGUGUUCCCCUCAGGGCAGAGUGAUGACUCCGGUGCUGUGUCACCUCCGCUACGCGGCCUACCUGCCAGUCUUCCUUCUCUCCCUGCUCCCUGGCUUCCUGCAGACGGCCCUGGUCCGUUUGGUCCUGGGAAGCCUGAGUUCUCUAGACCACACAACCAUUCCUGCCACAACCAGCCUCUUCAAUGUCGACUGCGCAGCCAAUGGCAUGUACAUGGGAGGCCAAGAAAUGAGGUUGGUUCUGGAGAGAGAUAACGCAACGAUCAAACGAAAUCUACACAAGCUGGUGUUUUACUAUGGAGCAACAGAUCACUGGUGUCCCGUCCAGUACUACCAUGACAUCAGAGCGGAUUUCCCGGGAGGAAACAUCCGUCUGUGUGAGCGUGGAAUUCGGCAUGCUUUUGUCUUGGACGCGGGGAAGGAGAUGGCAGACAUGACUGCUGAGUGGAUUUCUGAUGACCUGAAGAUUCUGUAGCUCCGGGAACCAGAACAGGACUUAGCUCUGGUUCCGUCUGGCACUUUGGAGAAGUUUAAGGAAUCUUUUUCUUCAAGGUUUCCUGAACUUCAGAACCUCCAAAACAUCUGCCCCUCGCUCAAAACACUCAGGGGAAGAUUCUACUGUGUGUCUGUAACUGAGUAUCAUUCUAUGCUCAAUCUUGACCAAUCAUUAUAUGGUUACAGUUCAAAGCAUCAACAUGUAUUGCAUUGUUGACAGAGUCCAAUGCACCAGAAGAAGCAGUCAUUGCAGAGCUAAACCUGGUUUGCGUCAGCUGUGGGCAUAGCUAAAAUGCCAUCAUUUUCCUGUGGUAUACACAAUAAUCUUGAUGAAUUUUUAUGACCAAAUUUUCAAAUUUUUAUUUAUUGUAUUCCGUAAAUGUAAUCUCAUCCUAAUUGUUUAUAAUCAAGUUUCAGGAUUAAAAUCUGUGGCGCUAGAGUAAGAACUUCAAACAUAAUUUUUCAUGAUUUAUUUCCUGAAGUCUGUGGUAAUUUCACUGUUCUAUAAAAAUAUUUUUUAAAAAGUCGUUAAUUUUUUCAUAUUUUAUUAUCAUGAACGCACCAGAUGCAACAGACCAAUUUUAAUGCAUAAACGUGUGGUUGAAAAUUGGUGCAGGACCCAUCUGACCUCCUCAGUAAGGCAGCGGUUGCCUCAUUGAGGGAUCAAAAACAGUAACAGAGAAAAACUUCUAUUAAUGUUUUUUCAAUCUUAAAUGCAUAUUUGGUCCUUGAAGGCAAAAAAAAACCUGGGGGGUGGGGGGUAUUUUAUUCUAUUUUUUUUUAAUAAAAUGAAAUGUAGCCUUAACCGCAAAAGACCAUAAGAUUAUUAUAAUGCAAACGUGGGGUAUACUCUUAGCCAACAACGUCAAGGUGUGGUAUGAAACCAGAAAAUUUCCUUUUUUUAUUAUAGGUUUCUGGGCAGUGUCCUGUUUAAAAAUGAAAUGAAAUAUAUUUAUGGAGGAGAUCCCAUGUCUACAUACGUAUUAAACCCAAGAUCUGUCCUGUCACUUAUGAAUUGAUUGGUUUUAUUUUUUGUCGAUUGUCCAGAGCCUCUGGAAUAGCGUUUCACCUGAAACAGGCAGCCUUUCUCUCAGUCUGGGCUUCACGUGGAUCAAGUGGCCCCCAUUUGGCCGCUGUAUUCUCCCAGGAGAAAGACUUUAUGGAUAGCUGCAGAGCCAAUACUAUUUCUUCCAAUAGGACGAGUUCUCACACUGUGAGUCUGGUUUCCUAUACUUAUAUCUCGUGAUGGAUCAUCACAAUUUACCUCAGUAGCUAAACGGGUCCAGAACACUAGACCAGUGUCCUCUCUCCAGACCUGCUCCUGGAGGCUCCCACGCCACCCGAGAACCACUUUAUGUUGUUGGGUCUCUCACUGCCCUGAAGCACCUGAGUCAACUCAUCAACUCCUAAAUAUCAAGCCCUUUAUUGGCUUAAGCAAGUGUGUUAGGGCAGGGAGGGAUUUAAAGUGUGCAGUGUUGUGAAUCAUCGGGAAUGGGACUGAGAAACGUAUUACUAGGUGGUUUCCAAAGUACGA